AUGUUUGCGAGUUUUCGAGAACAGAUGCCCGGGAAUAUGACCUUUAGAAACAGUUUCAGCGGGAAGCUCGACGACUUCGUUGGCCCGUCUCAGUCUCCUCCUUCGGAAUCACCAUUCUCUGCGUUCCCGUCGCCUCAGGGAAGCCAGAAGGGCUUCGUGCCCAGCAUCAACCAGCAGACGAACGAGGUCCGAUCCACCAUGCAGCGUCGUUUUACCACCGAGUCCGCCGUGCUGCCACAGUGGAAUGGCUUCAAUCAGCAGCCAUUGAAGCAGGCAGAACAGCUGGAUAUAUUGUCAUCAGCCACUCACCUCCAUAAAUCUCAGCUUGUGGUUUCUACCAGACUGCUUGUAUCAUCAGGAGCCCGACAAUUGGAGAAGAAACGGCAGCAUAUUGAAUAUAUGCGUGAACAGAAGCGUCGAUUUGAAGCAGAUUUGAAAAUCCUUGAUCUCCAGCAGGAGAAAGAGAGACAGGAGAUGGACCAGAUUGCCCGAGACCUGCUCAGGUUGGCCUCAGUGGCCCAGUCAGUGAACCAACGACCCCGCCGGAAUACUAUCGAGACAGUGGCUUUCCUACUGCUCUUUCUCGCCCAGCUCGAUUCUCCAUUUCAAAUGGACAACCGUUGUCUCCAUUCGGGAUCCUCGAACCAGGACUUCGCCAACCGUACUGGUAUGGGAAUGGGCCUACGUAGAAACUCUGAACAAACCUACGGAGCUGCCUUUACAGGAUUUAGAGCCGGUCAUGCAAGCCGUUACUCUCUGUCAAACAAUGUGUUUGGUUCAGCCCUCCCACCAGUUUCCUCGCGUGGUAACGGGUUCAGUAACCAUAUGGGAUUCGGCUCACUUUUCUCCUCUAAGAACCCUCUUGAGGCCGAGGAGGAUAAAUCCAAACAUGAAGAUCGCGUAUCUACUCCAGAUGUGAAGAGCUACCUUCGCAUGACUGAUCCGGAUGACAAGUUUCCUACUUUGGUUCGCCGGGAUGAUAACCCUUCAGUCCUAUCUGCCAACUCUGCAGCUGUCGACUUUGCAAACUCUCGUACUCCCGUUCCUGAGAACUAUAAUAGCAACGGUCGUCAUCAUGCAGUACACCACAGCAUGCCUCAGAACACAUUGUCGUGGUUGUCUGAUAAUUCAACCGAAAAAAUUCACCAAUCUAGUGCCGCCAAUGGAAAUAACACCGGUAAUUUCCAUACCGGCCGCCAUGUGAACCGUCUUUCUUUGGGAAAUGACCUCUCUGCCCUAGGCGCCCUUAGCACCGCUGCUCACCAGCCAAACCACACGACUGGGCAUCAUAGACCAACCUCUCUACAGCUGUCCUAUUCUACAAGUGAUAUCCCUACUGCUCACAAUGGGUUCUUUGCCGAUUCCACCGCCAGAACUCAAGCCGAACUGACCCUCAACAACUUUCAGACUCAUAGCCGGAUGCAGUCUCGCAGCAAUGGUGGUUCUGCAAACACCACCCCACCAACCCCACAAUCCACCUCGGACCGUGAGGAGCCUGGUCCCAGCAUCCCGUCUUUCCAAUCAUCUUUCCAGCCCAACGCCGUGUCUCACGCUCUGGUCUUGACUUCUCCCACCACGAUCGCUCCCAGUGCAAACGGAUCCACUACUCCGACUCCUAGUACAUUCGCAACGCCAGUUUAUGGAUAUGGCAUGCAAGCAUACGCUCCAGCCCCUCUGCAACUCAAUGGAAACUAUCAUACUGCGGUUCAGGGCCAUCCGAUGUUCGGAGCAUAUGGAGUACCACCCCAGCCACCACAGGCAAGCAAUUACGGUCGAUUCAUGGAGAGUCCUCGUGCUGCCACCCAAGGCCGCCGCAAUGGAGAGGCUGAAAAUCCACUGAACCGUUUUGGCAAUGUUCCUCUUGAGAGCUACUCUGGCGAGAUAUAUGGGAUGUGCAAGGACCAACAUGGCUGCCGUUACCUUCAACGAAAACUUGAAGAAGGCAUUCCCGAGCAUGUUCAGAUCAUCUUCCGUGAAACUCAAAUGCAUGUCGUCGAGCUGAUGACUGAUCCUUUUGGAAACUAUCUUUGCCAAAAACUGCUUGAAUUCACCAAUGACGAGCAGCGUACUGGUCUUAUUAACAUCGCUGCACCCCAUUUGGUGCAAAUUGCUUUGAACCAGCAUGGAACUCGAGCUCUUCAAAAGAUGAUUGAGUUUAUUUCUACUCCUGAGCAGAUCCAAACUGUCAUUAAUGCGCUUAGUGGUCAGGUGGUUGAGCUUGUCCAAGAUUUGAAUGGAAAUCAUGUGAUUCAAAAGUGCCUGAAUCGGCUCUCAGCCCCAGAUGCUCAGUUCAUUUAUGACGCUGUUGGUAAAGAGUGUGUUGCUGUUGGAACUCACCGCCAUGGCUGCUGUGUGCUUCAGAGAUGCAUUGACCAUGCAUCUGGAGAUCAGCGCGCGAAACUGAUCGAGCAAAUUACCAAGAGCUCUUACUCUCUCGUCCAGGAUCCAUUUGGCAAUUAUGUCAUUCAAUACAUCUGUACGUUUGCAUCCCUCCUCUUAUCAUAUAUUAUAAUACUAACAGGAAUAGUGGACCUUGGAGAACCACUCUUCACCGGACCACUUUGUGCAACUUUCCAAGGAAGCAUUCCUGCUCUCUCAAAGCAAAAAUUCAGCUCUAAUGUUAUCGAGAAAUGCAUCCGUACUUCUGACUUCAAUAUGCGCAGAGCCUUCAUUAAAGAGAUGUUGUUGCCGCACGAACUUCCCAACAUGCUCCGUGAUUCGUUUGCAAACUACGUUAUCCAGACCGCCAUGGACUUUGCGGAUCCUGAGUCUCGCAAUACUCUGAUUGAGGCCGUUCGUCCAUUGUUGCCAGGCAUCCGUUCGCAGCCACAUGGACGCCGCAUUGCAGGAAAGAUCAUGACUCUAGAUUCUCACUCACGAAGUAAUGGCACAAACGGACCAGCUCCAGGAGCCCCCUUGGCGCUCGAUGAAAUACGAGGUGGCUUCCAGCAGCCUUAUACCCUUCCUGCUAACCAGUACAGCUCUCAGUUUAACUCCUCCGAGGCUUCAACCAAUGCCCCAUCUGCUGCUGUCUCUGAGUCUGAGUUUGCUGAAGCUCGCUCUCCCCAUAGCGAGAGUGGAACCACCACCAUCUUUAGCCCCGUUCCUCAACACACCAGCAACGCUAUUAACGGCAUUAACAACAUGAAUGGCAUCAAUGGUAUUAAUGGGCUUAAUGGUUCGAGCCCUCGCGGUUUCAACAUGUUCUAA